AUGGGGUUAGAUGAAAUUAUGCAAGCUCAGGUUAAGGAGGUUAGGAAAAAGCGUGGUAUUAUUAAGGCGUCGCUAACGCGUAUGAAAAACUUUCUUGAGGGAUUCGAUCUAACAACUGACGCUAUAUCGCUAUUGGAAUUCCGUCAAGAAGAGUUGCCACGCCUAAAUCAAAAGUUUGACGACAUACAGACACAGUUGGAAUUGAUUGUUGUUGAUGAUUGCGAAAAGAAAGAAGAGGAGCGUAAUAAGUUUGAAUUUGACUAUUUUAGUAUCCGUUCUCGAAUUCAGGAAAUAGUGAAUGCUAGGAAGAUUAACAACAGCAGUUCUCACAACUCAACUUUCAAUACGUCAGUAGGCCACAGUCGUGCUCAAUUGCCUAUCAUUACGCUACCAGUAUUUGCCGGUGAUAUCCAAGAUUGGGAAUCUUUUUUCGAUUGUUUUCGUGCAAUGAUACACGAUGAUGGUGGAUUUACACCAGCUCAAAAAUUCUACUAUUUACGGUCAAGUGUUAGUGGCCAGGCGUUAGACCUUAUCAAGUCGGUUCCAAUGACAGAUACAAAUUAUGAGGUGGCAAUAGAACGCCUGAAACAACGGUAUGAUAAUCGCAGUCUUGUCAUUCAGUCACAUAUUCGAUCUCUCCUGGAAUCUCCAUAUGUAGAACAGCCGAGGGCUAAAGACCUGCAAGCUCUACAUGCCCAUGUAAGCACCCAUGUUGCAGCUUUAAAGGCGCUUGAUCAGCCAACGGAGCACUGGGAUGCGUGGCUAGUAACGAUAAUCGUCAGUCGUUUGGAUUCUGCUACUAGUCAUGGCUGGCAAUUAAGACAACACAACACCCAACUUCCUAAGUAUUGUGACCUUGAGCAAUUUUUAGCCAGUCGAUGUAUAGCUUUCGAGUCUUCCGAAGCAACUUCUGGACCAAUAAGAGACAUCAGAACUACAUUGGCCGGUGAAACAGCAAAAAAGAGCAAUGCCAAAAAUGUAUUUCCUGAGACAAGGCGAUCUUUAGUGGCAUCAUCCAAUACAGUCUCCUGUCAAUACUGCACUGAUGCUCAUAAAUUGUAUCACUGCGAGAAGUUCAAGGCCGCUACUAUAAACACACGUCUCUCAUUUGUUCAGGAAAAACGAAUGUGUUUCAACUGUUUGACUCCUGGGCAUAUGGCAAAUGUUUGCAGAUCCACUUAUAGUUGUCGGACGUGCAACCGCAAACAUCAUUCGUUAUUACAUCAAGAAAGGCAGCAACAAAUACCAGAGAAGGAGCAGCUUGAAAAUAAGCAACCUGAUAUAAGUCAGCAGCUAUCUACCUCCGGAGUCGUAGUAUCUGCACCAGUACCAGUGAAUACCACCGCAGAAAAUUCACACGUAUUUCUUGCUACAGCAUUAGUCAUGGUUCAGGACAAAAAUGGUGGACAUCGACAGUGCAGAGCCAUCUUGGAUAGUGGCUCUCAAGUCAACUUUGUUUCAAAGAGAUAUGCAAACUUACUGCAGCUAGCAUGUAAAACGUCUUCAUUGCCAAUAAGUGGUAUUGGAGACAAUCGUUUAAAGGCAAGGUCGUGCAGCGAGUUAAAAAUCGAAUCCAGAACUAGUGAUUUUAGUAUCAAGAUUUCAUGUUAUGUAUUGCCUAAUAUCGUGGGGAAUCUAGCGUCCUGUCCAGAGCCUGCAGAUGGAUGGAAAAUACCAGGUACUGUGUCUUCAAACUUGGCUGAUCCAGACUUUCACCGUCCUCAAAGUGUUGACCUACUUAUUGGAGGUGGCUCGUUCUUCAACAUUUUGGGAACAACAAAAAUACCAUUGAAUAUAGGUUCAGUCACGCUUUAUGAGAGUAACUUUGGAUGGCUUGUAACGGGAGAACUGCCUAAACGUCAAACACCAACACUUUUGUCAAUUGGACAGACGAUAGAGGAGGAUUGGAAGGUUCUCGGAAUCGUUGAGGAUACAAGCUAUGGUCGAACAUCAAGGGCGAAUAAGAGAAGUCAAGAAGAGCUAGAAACAGUGCAACAUUUUAAGCAAUACACAAUACGUGAUGAGGAAGGGCGUUUUGUUGUACGACUUCCCAUCAAGGAGACAAUCAGUGAAAUAGGCGAAACCUUACCUAUGGCGAUCGCACGAUUCUUAAAUGUAGAGAAAAGAUUGCAGCAUGACGAACACCUGAAGAACAAAUACAUACGAUUUAUGAAUGAAUAUAUUAAGAUGGGGCAUAUGGUUGAAGUACUGGAAAAUUCAGUUCAAACGCAGAAACACUUCUAUCUGCCGCACCAUUCAGUAAUAAAGGCAUCAAGUUUAACGACAAAGGUUCGAGUGGUUUUCGAUGCUUCCGCCAAGAGCGCAUCUGGUGUCUCUCUUAACGACGUUCUGAAAUGCGGUCCUACUGUUCAGCAAGAUUUAUUUUCUAUACUUGUUCGCUUCCGUAAGCAUCAAUUCGUCUUAACUUCCGAUAUAGAGAAAAUGUUUCGGCAAAUCAAAAUCGCAAGAGAAGACUGGGACCUACAAAGAAUUGUUUGGAGAUCCAGUCCUAAGGAAUUACUUCGUUUAUAUCAACUCACUACAGUAACAUACGGAAUGACUCCUGCUUCAUUUCUAUCUACCUAUUGUCUAAUAGAACUCGCGAAAAGUGCCGAAAAGCAAUUCCCGUGCGCUUCAAAAGUGAUUGCCGAAGAUUUCUAUAUGGAUGAUUUAAUGACGGGAGCCGACACCGAGGAUGACUGCUGUCAAUUACAAAGAGAAGUAAGCACAGUGCUAGAUUCAGCAAAGCUACCGUUAAGGAAAUGGUGUUCCAAUUCCGAGUUUGUACUGCAAAACAUGUCUAAGUGUGUUAACGAUCCCUUGUUCGUGUUGGAUAUCGGAGACGAUGACACUGUCAAGUCAUUGGGACUGCAGUGGAAACCAAUUGCCGACCUAUUUCAAUUUGAAAUCGUAUCAAGAUCCAUGGAAGGUACAUUGACAAAAAGAGCUAUACUCUCAGACCUAAACAGAAUUUUUGAUCCACUCGGUUUCCUGUCACCGGUUCUAGUGAAGGGAAAAAUAUUUCUACAACAGCUCUGGUCCAUGAAGAUAGAUUGGGAUGCAAGGCUUCCGUUAAAUAUACAGGAAAGAUGGGGUAAAUUUUACGAAGAUCUGGAGCGACUGAAAUAUUUAUCCAUUCCCAGAAAGGCUAUACCUGAACGAACUGAUAUCAUAGAUGUACACGGGUUUUGUGACGCAUCCGAAGAAGCGUAUGCGGCCUGUAUCUACAUUCGUUCUCAGAGCAGCGAUGGAAAAUGGCAUUCCAGACUUCUUUGUGCAAAAACUCGAGUGGCCCCGUUAAAAGGAAAUACAAUACCCCGACUUGAAUUGAAUGGUGCCUUGUUAUUAACUGAAUUGGCUCAACGGGUCGCUGAUUCAUGGCAAAUCAAUAUUCAUCAGUUCAAACUAUGGACGGAUUCAACUAUAGUUUUAGGGUGGUUGAAUAGCCAAAGCAGCCGGCUAAAAAUCUAUGUUGCCAAUCGAGUAGCUCAAAUUAUGGAUAUUACAGAGGUCAGCCAGUGGAACCAUAUAGGCACGCAGGAAAACCCAGCAGAUAUCCCUUCAAGAGGUUUAAGACCACGGGAACUGUUAGCGGCAAGAUUGUGGUGGAACGGACCUACCUGGUUGGAAAGUGAUGAGAAGGAUUGGAUCUUGAAUCCGAUAACCCAUGAUGAUGAGCUACCCGAAGUACGCAAAGUGAAGCUAGUGCUAUUAGUGAUCAAACCGUUGAAUAGUAUAUUAGAACACUACUCUGAAUGGAAUUGUAUGCUACGAGGAGUUGCUUGGUUAACGGUCUAUUCGAAGUACAUGCGUAAGAAAAUCAAUGGGCCUCAAUCCCUAACAAUAUCAGAUUUGGACGAAGCGAGGAAAUCAAUUUUAAGAAUGGUCCAAGCUGAGUGUUUCAGUAAAGAGAUCUCGUCACUAGAAAGGGGACUAGAAGUACCAAGAAAUAGCAAGUUGCGUAGUUUGAAUCCCUUCCUGCGCGAUGGGUUAAUACUUGUUGGUGGAAGACUCGAGAAUUCAGACAUAGCCGAUGGACAAAAACACCCUAUAGUAUUGCCUGCUAGUCAUAAAAUAACCAGGCUAAUAUUUGAAGCAUACCAUCUCGAGCUACUUCAUGGAGGACCUCAGCUCAUGUUAUCUGAAGUUAGACGUCUUUACUGGCCACUGCUAGGUCGAGUAACCGCGAGAUCAGUGGUAUGGCAUUGUGUCAAAUGUACAAAGGCACGUCCACGUUUCAAUCAUCCAAUUAUGGCACCACUCCCAAGAGACCGAGUUCAGUGUACUAGACCUUUCACUGUCACAGGUGUAGAUUUUGCUGGACCCAUAUAUAUUCGCAGUGGUUUGAGGCGUGUAGCUGCUAAGAAGGCUUGGAUUGCUAUAUUUGUUUGCUUCUCAACGAAGGCCAUACAUUUGGAGUUGGCUGACGAUCUUUCAAGUAAGUCUUUCAUGGCGACAUUUCGUUGUUUUAUGGCUAGAAGAGGAAAAUGUGCUAAGGUUUUUAGUGACAAUGGCACAAACUUUGUUGGGGCUCAAAAGGAGUUAAUUUCAAUGAUGAAAAAAGCCAGUGUUGAUCUUGAGAAAGAAGGUAUUGAGUGGCAUUUCAACCCGCCUUCUGCUCCACAUUUUGGUGGUAUAUGGGAGAGUGCCGUGAAGAGUAUGAAACACCACAUGAAGAGAGUUAUAUCUGAUCACAAGCUUACGAAUACAGAAAUGCGAACUCUCUUGUGCCAAAUCGAGGCUUGUCUCAAUUCCAGACCGAUGACUCCACUAAAUAGUGAUCCUUCUGACUUGGCAGUCCUUACUCCAUCUCACUUCUUGAUUGGAGGAGCUAUGUUGUUACCAGAUGAACCAGACAUAUCUAAGGAAGAGCCCAAUGGUCUACGUAGAUGGCAACUAGUGCAAAAUUUGAUGCAGACCUUUUGGAAGCGGUGGUCGAGAGAGUAUCUACCACAGACUCAAAUUCGUGGCAAGUGGACAAGCAAGAGCGCACAGCUAGCAAAGAACGAUGUCGUUAUUAUCAAAGAUGAUUGUAUGCCUCCAGCCAGAUGGAAGUUAGGAUUGGUUAUGGAAUUGCAUCCUGGCUCUGAUGGUGUAGUCCGGGUUGUCACCAUAAGAACAGCAAACGGAACGCUCAUGCGUCGGCCAGUAAUCAAAUUAUGUCGACUACCGACUGAAAAGGACAACAGCUCAGUUGAAAACCAGGAUUUUCAACGGGGGGAGAAUGUUGCCGCCGCAACAGUUUUAUAG